UUUUUUGUCCCAUUUCGGACACCCCGGCUCUGCGUAUAAACCCAUGGUACUCAAAACGGGGUUCCCUGGCAGCAAGUGAUUAAUGAAUACUAAAACACAUAAGACAGACCAAUUGAUUCAGGGCUCGUAGCAAGCAGUUUGUAACACUGUUGAGGUUGAGUGUGUUCUGGUCUACAACUUGCAUUAUAUAUUGAGUGGUGUGCAAUCCCAUCUCUAUGCAUGAUAAUUAGGACUAUUGAAUAUGGUUCACAUACCAUAGACAUUGCUAUCAGAGUGUUUCAUAAACAUGGAGUAAAACGGUAGAACAGAAUUUUGAGAAAUUAGUUAAUUCUGUUAUUCCCUUAUCAAUGGUAUUUAUUUCAUAUGAGAUGUCAUUUUUUAAAGUGUAGCAGUUGCUAUGUAGUUAGUAUGUGAAUAGAGGGAUAUUUACUCACCUGAACCAAGGCAGAAUUGUCUUCUGUGACUUCUUGUCUUGGACUAGGGAUUAGGGAAUGUCAGUAAUUUUUUAAAAGAAAUUUUACCUGUGAUAAUUAUCUUUCGAGAUUUAACAGAACAAAUAGAGCGUACAUAAACCAUGUUUGCAGCCAGAAAAAAGUCUCUAUAGACUCUUGAAUUGGAUCUAAAUAAUCUGAUCUUUGCCCUGGUGUUACCAGAAAUCUUUCAAAUAGGUCUUGUGCAAAAUUCAAACUUUGCACAAAAUAUCAAAUUUCAUUGCCAUUUGUGGCCUUUUGGUCUGAAAAAUAUACCCAAAUUGCAAGAUCUGCCUGAUUUAUUUUCACGUGUACGAAAAGAGAUACAUACCAGGAUAGAUAAGUGAUGUUACAAGUUUUAAAAGCAUGUAAAAGUUAAGUUUUGUAGUAGUUAUUAUUAUUUUUUGUUUAUUGUUGCUUACUUGAGAAAGAAAAGAAAUUAAGAGACACUUUGUCUAGCGAGGGCGCUACUUCAAGUGACGAGCGCAAAAUCACCUUUGGAUCGAUGGUACCCGCACUUCGUUGAUUGCCAUAAUGGCAUGCACCAGUUAAAUCAACGUAAUUCGCUAGGCGUCGUGGGUCUGUUGUUCGAGUGGUUGUCAACUAUUUCAACGGGGAUUUUAAAUGAUUUUGUGGAAAUUUUUGAAUGCCACUGUAAACUGAUUUGCAAAUACCACACGUUACUGCAGUGACAUGCUUACGCAGGAUUCCUGAUGAAGCCUCAGACAGGUGGAGAGCAAUGAUUACAUUGUGUCAAGCGAAAUAAAAAACUUGUUAUCCAGUCCCAUUUGUGGAUAUAUCCACAGCAGUAUCAGACUUCAUUCUCUUAUUUAAACAAGAAUUUCAGUCUUGUUUUUGGAUAGCUUCAUUUGUCAUGAAGCGGUUAAAGAGAAGACUUUCAAGCACAUUUCGUGCAAACUCGGUGAUUGAGGACUCACUGUCAGAACUCACGGAGAGCAUGAGUAUAGAGGAAAAUGGAACUGGCACAAGAGAAGAACUGGUGCAACAGAAUGGCACAAGAGGUUCUGACGGAGAGAGUGACCAGACGUCAGGAGCAUCUGAUGAAGCCUACACACCUGUCCGCCUAAGGCAAAGACCACACAAUAAGUUGCAGCGGCGAUUUAGUGAAGACAUCUCCAAGCGGUUGUCAUUGCCAGCAGACAUGAGGCUGUCAGACCAGUUUCUGGAGAAGUACAGUCUCAGUCCACCCUUUGAGAAGAUGAGUAGACGGUCAAGACGAACGUCCUUGUCUGAAAUAGGUUUUGGCAAGAUGGAGACCUACACCAAACUGGACAAACUUGGGGAAGGCACAUAUGCAACAGUAUUCAAAGGGCGUAGUCGAUUGACAGACAACCUGGUAGCAUUGAAAGAAAUCAGACUAGAACAUGAAGAGGGAGCCCCAUGCACUGCAAUACGAGAAGUCUCUCUGCUGAAGGGUCUCAAGCAUGCAAAUAUCGUCACCCUGCACGACAUUGUACAUACAGAAAAAUCCCUCACACUAGUCUUUGAAUAUUUGGAAAGAGAUCUCAAGCAGUACAUGGAUGACUGUGGAAGCAUCAUGAGUAUGAACAACGUUAAGUUAUUUUUAUUUCAACUCCUUCGAGGACUUCACUACUGUCACAAACGCCAGGUGCUACAUCGAGAUCUCAAACCACAAAAUCUCCUUAUCAAUGACAAUGGCGAACUUAAACUAGCAGAUUUUGGGUUGGCCAGAGCAAAGUCCGUCCCCAGUAAGACAUUUUCCAACGAGGUUGUUACCCUUUGGUAUCGACCCCCAGACGUCCUCCUAGGAAGCACAGAGUAUUCAACUUCCAUCGAUAUGUGGGGUGUUGGAUGCAUCUAUUAUGAGAUGGUUGCUGGUAGACCCCUUUUCCCUGGCUCCACAGUAGAGGAUGAACUCCACUUGAUAUGGAAGGUCCUAGGCACACCUACAGAUGAGACUUGGCCUAACAUCAGCUCCAAUGAGGAGUUCCUCUCUUACAACUUCCACAGAUAUCGGCGUGAACCACUGGUCAACCAUGCUCCAAGACUGGAUGCUGAUGGCCAGAACUUAUUAAGUAAACUGUUACAGUACCAAGGCAAGAACAGAAUAUCAGCUCAUGACGCUAUGCGUCAUCCUUUCUUCAACUGCUUUGGACCUCAUAUCACAGACCUCAGAGAUGAGCAAUCCAUAUUUGAACUCCCAGAAUGUAAACUGGACAAAGACCCAGGAAUCCGAACCUCAGCAGUGUCAGGACAAGAUAAUUGCAAGGAUUCAACCGCAAAGCAUGCCUAUCCAAACUGUGGCAGGUCCCAUUCGUGGCAGACGGCAAAGCAUGGUCUACUGAACACGUGACGAUGGCCUGUGACCCUGAUGACACCAUUUGGCAAGAGUCAAAAUCCAAAUCAUUGAUUGGAUGUGCGAGGAUGCUAGUUUCCCAGCCUGUAUCUCAGCAACUACAGUCUGUUUCCAGUGGUGAUAGCAUUUUAAACCCUGCCUUUAUUUAUAAAACCGUCUGGCAGAGGUGUAUCAUAGACAGUUUUCACAAGUCUCACCAUGCAUCUGAUAUAACAAGAAGUACCAGUCCUCGUAUCUGAUAGUGACGGAGAGUGUACUUGGCCACACCUGUAGAGGGCAAUCAUUGGUAGAACUGAUUCCUCAAUAAAACUCAGUCUGUGGUUGAUAAGUGAUGUGGUAAAUCAAUUACAGGUACUAAUUCUGUAGCUCAAUAGUUUGAUUUCGUUCAUGAACUGAGUCAUGACCAUUAAACAAAGACAACCGCAAGUCUCCAAGAUGUCGUGAGGUAAACAUUUUUUGUGCCUUUAUUUAUCAACCAACAGAUUUAUAGUCCUCUGCAGUUAAUUAUUUUUUAGUUACAAAUGUGUUUUAAAUUUAUGUUAUUUUUCUCAUUUCCCCCAAAUUUUAGAAAUGCAAACAAAUGUUUUUUUAGUUGACAAGUGUUUUAGUGAUAAAAAGCAGACCUAAGAUGGAUAUUAUACUUCACAAGACCUGGUGUGUUUUCAGCAAACUUCAGUUCUUUAUGCCUGACGAAGAGGAAACCAUUUUCAUCUUUUUAGUCAACACUAAGCACUUUGAGUUCAAGUGGGCAUUGAUGAGAAUAGUGUUUAGAUGUGAGUUGCGCUAUACACAAUUACACGUGUCAUUGCUAACUAGGAGUUCCACCAGUUUUUGUUACCUUCCUAGGCUAUCGUUCCAUCCCUUUGAAAAUAGAUUGAAUCCUAGCUUAAUCACCCUGAGUAUUUUAAAUAACAAUAUGCCUUCGCCAGACUUUUUUCAUAAUUUAGCUAUUACUUAACCUCUCCCAAACCCUACUUUCUGUACUUUUCCUUUGGUUUGCAUUUGGUGAAUUGCAGCAUUAAAUAUGCAUCAUCAACAGAAAAAUAGCAAGAAAUAAACACUGCCACUCGUUAUUCCCUUGUUAUGGGCCCACAAGUAUACCCUGCCCCCAAACUAGAUGAUAUUGUCUAAUUAAUAGAACACAAGGGAGACUUUUGCCUGUAUCAAUCUGAAUCAUCACUUUCCAUCAUUAUUUUAAUUAGGAAUGCAUUGAUUGAAUAAAUAGCGACUUCAUUUUGUGAGGAAUUAAAAAUUUCUAACUAGCAGUCCUUAUAUUUUUAAAUGAUAAAAAAAUCCUGAAAGUACCCCUCCAGUUUAUUGUUGAAAUUUGCCUGGAUUUGCCCAAUAAUGAUUUAUAAAAACUAUUUAAAUGUAGUGAAUUAGUAUAAAUAGUACCACUUAGAUAUCUUAGAUUAAUAAUAGUACUCCAUAAACAACUUAGAAUCAUUGUUACAUAAAGAAAAAAUAUGAUUUAUUUCAAAUUAGUAUGGAUUUAUACAAGCAGGGAAUUCAUUCAAGUUUCUUUUGUCCAUAUGUGUCCAGAUAAGUGAAGUCACAUGUGACCAUCGUAUUCCUGCAGGAUAUGGUUGCAUUUUGGCAUCAUACAUGUGUCAGUUUGAUAGUUUUGGGAUAAAAGAGUUGUUCUGUAAUGGAACACUUCUCCCCCCUCCCUAAAAAAAACCUGUCUGACCCUUGAUAUUCAGUCAUUUGCAAAAGUUUAAAAUCACCUGGAAUUUUAGUGGUAUUUCUGUCACUGGGCCUACAUUACAUUGUCUCAUUGAAUGAUUACUUAACAUGUUUUUACUGUGGUGCAUAACAUUAGUGUAGUGCUCUGUACCCAUUUUAAUGAAUUUUUUUUGCAAAAGCAAGUCUUGUAUGACAUUUGUCUGUAAGGCAGCAUGGUAAAAAGCCAAA